CUUCCUCCGCCCACCAGCCCAAGCACGUGUAUUAAAAUUAACAUCCCGGAAAAAGCAAUCCCACAACAGUGACCGUGAGCUACAUACAGCUAGCUCCACUAUCAGCUACAGUAUUAAAAAUGCCAGCUUGACAGAUAGUCAAUAUGGCAGAGGGCUUUCUAAUGGAGGUGUGUGUGGACUCCGUGGAGUCUGCCCUCAAUGCGGAGCGAGGAGGUGCUGGUCGACUCGAGCUGUGUUGUAGUCUUAUGGAAGGAGGGCUCACUCCCAGUCUUGGUCUACUGCAGAUUGUAAAAAGGUGUGUCAAAAUCCCAGUGUAUGUGAUGAUUCGUCCCCGUGGCGGCGACUUCCUUUACUCUGACUGGGAAGUGGAAGUGAUGAAGAAAGACAUAGAGGAGAUGCAGAACCAUGGGGCUGAUGGAUUUGUGCUGGGAGCCUUGACUGAAGAGGGACAGGUGGAUGCAGAGCUCUGUAUGGAGUUUCUGGCUGCUGCUCGUCCUUUACCCAUCACCUUCCACCGAGCUUUUGACAUGGUCAGUGAUCCAGUUGUUGCCCUGGAGACGCUAGCGUCAUUAGGUUUCCAGCGCGUGCUGACCAGUGGCUGUGACGGCUCUGCACUGGAGGGACUCCCACUCAUUAAGCGCCUUGUAGAGCAAGCGAAAGGUAGAAUUACCAUCAUGCCAGGUGGUGGCAUCACAGAGAGAAAUUUGCAAAGAAUUUUAGAGGGAUCAGGCGCUCAAGAGUUCCACUGCUCUGCUCGCUCAAGCAGGGAUUCUGCCAUGAAAUUCAGGAACAGCAGUGUGAAAAUGGGAGCUUCUCUCACAGCACCAGAGUACAGCCUGAAGGUGGCAGAUGUGAGCAAAGUGCGCACUUUUAACGCAAUAGCCAAAAAUACCCUCUGAAUUUAAACUAGACAACCAUGAGUGAGACCUAAAUCAAUACCUCCAGAUGUAUUUAUUGGACUCUAAUCUUCCUGCCACUUUUGUCAUUUUCAUCCAAAACAUACACAUUUUCAAAAUAAAAUUUCACUAUCACACAAAUCGCCAGAUUUCAGGCUUAACUGUUGUAUAGUGUGGUUAGGAGUCGCAAAUUUCUAUUUUUUUAAUGAGGAAAAAGAAGCACCUACUGUAUUUACGAGACUUUCCAUUUGUUGGAAAAAGAGCCGAAACUGAUUGUCUAAUUUUAUUUCUUAUGACAAGGACUGUAUAUUUUUACACAUUUCAAUUAAAAGAUGUUGUAUUUUA